AUGAAAAAAGAGGGCUAUGGCUGCGGUCCCGAAGCAGUGCGGAGGGGUGUGAAUGACCGAAUGAGGUGUGAUAGGAAGGAUGAAUUAGUGGACAAAUGGAGAGAUCCAAGCGCCCAAACGGGUGGCGGCGCAACAACGGCUUGGGCCCGAAGCCCCGAGGGAGGGAGGGAGGGUGAUAAUAGGAUGGGAACAGAGGGAACUAGGAGGGAUGAGGGGGAUCCGAUAGUGUCGGGUAGGGAGGUUUUGGUCCUUUUUUUCCAAGAGGCGUAUGAAUGGGGUGUUCGAGGGGGUGACGACGUGAACGGCAAUCUUUUUGCGACUUGGUCCCUUCGGUGGUGGCGAGAUCUCGAUCCCAAUGAAGGCUAUACUUGCCGGGUGGACGGAAGGUGCGCAGUACGACCAGCCAGGGAAAAGAACGUACUCGAUCGUGCGUGGAAUGAUUUGAUGUUUGAUGUGAUGGUCACCUUGCAAUCGUAA